GCAACCGACAGAAAAUAUGGCAGGCGACGACGGGGAGCACACAAGAUUCCCGUGCCUUGGAUGGGUGCGCACAUCGGUUGCCAUCGUGGUUACCGUGCUCGUCCUUGUGCUGGUGGUGAUGGCGAUCACCGAUGUGGGUCGCCCUGAGAAGAUCAGCCUCUCGAGCUACGGCUAUGUCCAGACACAGCAGCGGUGGUGGAAUGACAGUAUGACGACGACGACGGGCAGGACGACGACCACGAAGUCACGACGGCUUCCAGCAGAAGGUCCAGAACCAGAACUAAUGCCAGCGACGUUGUUGACGAUUUUGGUCAUUGUGUUCGCCUACAACCCCAGCGGCCGCGGCAGCAUCCUCUGCAACAUCACCACGAUCAGCAUCAUCGACAUGCCAUAUGAUGACUUCACGGGGAUGGUUGAGGUCCACAGAGUGUACUCCCCAAAGAUGCCUUUAAAAUUCUCCGUUCCUCCGCAGACCUGGCACAGAGAUAGGAGGUCAGUGAACAUCACCGAGAAGAACGACAACGGCGUGCUGUCGUAUCUCUUCGCAGAGCACCGACAGCAGGAGAAAUUCCGCGUAAUGGUGCAGGUGAACACCACCUACAAGGCACAGCAUUCGGCGGCGAGCGUCAACGUCAGCCACUAUUGCUGGCCGGUGUUCUUCGUCUACCUCUCUCCGUACGUCGACGGCGACCAGAUCCCAUGCAAGACGAGCCAAGAGAUGGGUUACUCGUUCUCUUGGCAGCCGCUACCGGACGGCGCUGACGGGUGAUACGUACUGAUUAAUUGCUUCCCUCUGCGGUGUGUGCUCAGGAUUGCGUCAUCUUUUAUUUAGUUUUCCUGCUGUUCGUGGAGAUCGCUUGUUCGCCUCCCCUUUCUUUUUCGGGAUUGUUUGCCUGCUUUCAACUUCUCCGUGCGCCUUUUGGCCACCUUGUUCCAACAGUAUACAUCGGUAAUUAAAUUUGUAUCCAAGAACAAUUUAUUACUACUGUAAGUCUGCAGGGUGCACCCCGCGUGGUGUUGUAAUCAGGGAAUUUAAAUUUCGCUUCUGGAUUC